AUGAUUUCCUUUAAUGAGGACGACCAAUGGAAUUUUAAUUCUAUAGAAGAUUUAAAUCAAGAAGCUACGUCAUAUUUGCGAUCUGCCAUGAUAUUUGAACGACGGAAACGAUGGCAAAAGGUUAUUGAAUGCUAUGAAAAGUUACUGUGGUUGAUAGAUCUAAAACAUUUCCCAGAAGAUUAUGAAGCACCACCUUCUUAUGACAUGCUGUUAUAUGAGCUGUAUAACCAUCUUGGUGUUGCUUACCAACAUUUAGACCGACAUAGAAAGGCUAUCUCACAAUAUACCAGAGCUUUCGAGCUUGUAUCUAUUCCCAAGAAUGGUUGUUUAGCUGGCUGUGUAACCAACAGUUGUUUAAUGACACCUAUAAUGACCAGAAGAGCUUUCGCUUACAUUAAAAUAGGAAACUUAGUCAAAGCAUUAAAAGAUGCUGAGAAAGCUGUUGUUUUAGAUACCAAGAAUCCUGAUGUAUAUUGUAUACGAGCUCUAGUCAGAAGUUCUAGAGAAGAAAGCUCUAUGGCAUUAGAAGAUCUAGACAUGGCAUUAAAAAUCAAACCUAAUCAUGUUUGUGCUCUAAUGAUCCGUGGUUCAAUUUCCAGGCCACUGGCGGAGAAAAUGGACCCAGCAUCACAAAAUUUCAGUACUGUGUCUACGUUCAACCAUCCUAAUAUAUUAGAAUUCUUUGACAGAUUUUUUUUUACCUUGAGUGUUCCUCACACUUUAACCGAAGUAAAUCUCACACCAAUCAGGGUACCGAAACAGCGAAACACUGGCACGAAUUCAAGGUUAGAAGCUCGACCAAAAACAGCACAACCAACACUAACAACUAGUCUGUCCAGUGAUAAAGGAUUUAGAUGUGGUACAGCUAGUAGUAGAGAUCAGACUGAAGCUCUUGCUAGGAGAAAUGAAUAUGGAUUAGCAGUGAGAAAAUAUAUGUGUCGACCAAAGACAGCCUCUGAUUUUAUUGCUCAACUAGAAAGAGAUCGACAAAGGAAGGCGGAAAUAGCUUCAAGAGCAAGGACUAUAACGUCACAGGGUUUAAGAUUGGACUCUGAUACACGGAAAAGUCUACACAGCAGAGUGUCGUCUUCUAAAAGCUUGACUUUUGAACCUGUACAGAAUUAUAAUAUGCCUGUUUUUACGCCCAUUGAUUUAAAGAAUGCAUCUCGGAUGUAUUACAAACCAUGGAAAGGGGAUAAGUUACCAGUUGCUGAUGUAAAAAGAUUCGAACCUACACCAGCAUUUUACUGA